AUGAUCAAUUGCGACGAAAACGCAGACGCCACUGGGAAUCAGAAAGACAUCCCACCCAAUAGUGAAAUAAAAAAUGGAAUGCAGGAAAAAGGAAUUGAUGUAAAAGAAGCCGAAGCGUACGACGCAAAUGAAGACAACACCAAAAAUAAAGGCGUUUGGUAUAAUGCCAGAACGAAGUGUUGGCUAGCUUGUGUCAAAGGGAGUGGUAGACACCUUCGUGUUUUUUCUGUGAAGAAACAUGGAUUUAAGAGAGCCAGAAUGUUGGCAGUUGAGUGUAAAAAUUCGACUGUCAUUAAUUUCAACCCCUUGGGGAAUGGGCAAACCAACGGGGUGGCCAACGGGGUAGCGAACGGGGUGGCCAACGGGGUGGCAAACGGGGUGACAAACGGAUCGACUAGCCAAGGUGAGCACCCCCCGAGUAGUAAAGUAAAGGACACGGAGUCCACUCCCCCCCAAAGCAAUGGUGUAUACGCGAAACUUAAAAAUGAGCCGAGGAAUUACGGCAGAGGAAGAACCAGAGCAUACAGCUACAAUGAAGCGAGUGGAACACAUCACGCAAAACUUGAAACACAAGAAUCGAUGGAUAUAGGAAGUUUAGCCACCAUGAAUAGCGAAAAUGCGAGUGCGGUUACAAAUGCUAGUAUUAGCGCAAGUGCUAGUGCAAACGGUGCGGAAGAAGGACCCGAGCGAAGAAGACGUUACAAUACAAGAAGAGGCAAUAAUAAAUCUUUGGAACAGUUAAAUAAGAAAAAGGAAAAAAAUGAAACCAACCAAGAAGAUGCUUCUUUCUACAAAGCAAGCAACAGUUUCAGUGUCAGUCCCUCCACGUCCAGAGGGUACAAUGUGAGGGGGCAUUAUAAUACCAAAGGAAGUUUAAACAUAAAAGGGAAUAGCGUCAAGAGAGGUACCAAUUACAAUAGUAUGAAACGUAAUAACAGUAUCUCGAAGGGGUAUGAUGGAAUUUCCAAAGGAGGAAGUAACAACCUGAGAGGAGUAACAACAUCGAAGGUCUCCCAAGGUAGGAAUAAUAUGUCCAAGGGGGGAGGAGGAACAAAUACCAUUUCCAAAGGGAAAGAGCCCAACAGACAUAGAUUUUAUCAUACGGAGAGUUCCAAUUAUAAUUUGACCACUCGGAGGAGUCGUAAUUAUCAUGUGACAAGGGAUAGGUGCAGAAGCGAGAGCUUAACUGCUGAUGAAGUGAAAUGUUACAAAGAAGAAAGGAAGCACUCGGUGCAGACGGAAAAUGGGAAAAGACAAAGUGAGACCCUUGUGGAGACACUAGAAGGUUAUCAAGGGGAUAAUAGAAAGAGGAAAAAAACUACAAAGGAUAAGUUCAGUUAUCUGAUUAAGAAAGACAAUGGUGAUGACGACCAUCGUGGUGGUGACGACCAUCGUGGGGGUGAUGACCACCGUGGUGACGAACGCCGUGGUGACCCCUCUGCUAUUUCUGCUUCGGCUUACCCGGAGACUACUAGCCAUAAUGACCACAAGAGCCUAAGCAAUCAUGCCACCCACAACACACACAACAUACACAACACGCGUAACACACGUAGCACACGCAACAGUACCGUGCAUGCUGUACAUUUUGCUUCGAAGGAGCAAAACGGGCAAGAGGAAAAAAACAGCCAGGGUGAUUUCCAAAAUAUGGGUAGCCUGAAUACCCGUUCAAGCGCCACGCAGAACUACCGACAUGGCACACACAAUGAAGGUUACAACAACGUUUAUGAAAGUGGCCAUCAUACUCCUUACAAUAGUACUUGCAAUACUUCUUACCAUAACGUUUACCAUAGCGCCCAAACAAAUCAGCAAAAUACCGCAACGGGGCGUACCUACCACAACACCCGCUCGAGCCAUAAUACACGGUCCAGUAACAGCACGAGGCCCACCAACGUUGCUCGAACCAGCAACGACACAGGAAUAAGCAACAGUACACGAUCCAGUAACAAUACGUGCAUCAUAACGGACAAGGAUUUUCAAAUUGAUUCUCCCGAACAAACAAACGAAGAUUUCUACUUGGUAAAACCAAUGAACUAUGAGUACAACGAUAACAACGCAUGCAAAGAACGAAGUAACAAAGGAACAAGAAAGGAAAAGGAAAAAGAAUAUAACUUCAUUUUUUCAAACGACUGUUAUUCUGAUUAUUGUAACCAGAACAAAGAUGAGUAUAAGGCAAACUUUAUUGACCUCACAAGGGAAGCCUUGUCAUUAAUUUUGCAGGAUUUAAAAAAAAAUGUUAUCCCCAAAAUACCCGUAGGGAUAGAGAAAAGAGAAAGGUACACCAAUUCCUUGCGCUUGUGUUUGAAAAGUGCCAAAUUUACCAAGCACAUAAACGAAUUGGAACCUUACCUGGAAUUAUUUAGCGAGUGUAUAAAAAACAGUAAACUUCCUAGUCAUAUGGAUUUGAAGGAUCAGCUGUUUUAUCUGGACAAACUGUGA